UGUCGAGCAAGCGUGAUCACGCGAUCUAAUCAUAAGAUGGGCCCGAACAGUGACAGCAUCUUUUGAGCUCCGCCUGAACCAACAUUACUCUGCUUCCUCCCUGCUUAUAUGGAUACCUAGCUGAGCCACAGGCUGUUGUAGUAUGUCCUGCCGCAAAGGAGGUCAACGACAUUCAACUGCCGCAAUGAUCCUUUCUCUCCUCCACCCAUGGCGGGACUUGGAUGCACCACGGCUGCGGAGUCGUUCAGAUAAUGGGGGCAGAUGGUAUAUGUACCCCAGACGAUCAGAAAAUUCCACCGCCCACUCCUCCAACUUGAGAACAGACGCCAAAAAGAUCGGAACCAGCCAUGUCCGUCUUCCACCUCCCGACCGAUUUCAAAGAUGUCAUCUCCGAUUCCGAUCGAUCAUCUUACCUCCAAAGCCAGGCACGCGAAAUCAUGGCUCUGAGCAGUAUACUGCAAGAAGAUGACGACCAGCAGUCCACUCCUUCCCCGUAUCAACUCUAUCAUGGACCCCAUGUUUUUGGCGACUCCCGCUGGACAGCUGGGAAUAGCUCGGCCGACGUUCAAGAUAGCGCCUCAGAAACUGGGAAUCCCGAAGACUCGGAGUGGGGCGAAGGUGGAUGGCCGAUAGAUAUAUGUCGAAAGGCGGACAUGGGAGGUCUUAGUGGUAUUGCUGCUACAUCGCAACGAGAAACUGCCAGGAAAUCGACUCUGAGGCCUGAAUCACUUCCCUUUUACCCAUCUCUCAUAGAUGCUGUAGAACUUCCGCCACAGCUCUCCGAAUAUCCUGCUUUGCAGCCAUCCAAUACCCACCCCACAACAAACCCCACCACCCCCACAGAUCCUUUAUAUCUUUCUCCAACUUCCAACCCCAAUGAUCCCGUUCGCAGUCGUCAGAGACCCAACCGUGUCGCAUACUCAUUCACACACGACCCCGUCGCGCGCUUCUCCUUGCAAGACUCUCAAGAAGGCCCUGAUAACAUCGGAUCGAGGGAUGUACUGGAAGACGAUAUGCGAGCGGAUCAACUGAGAGAUCAUUGGGAAGCUUUCCAAGGUGGGAGAAUGGGCGGUAUGAAUAGCCAGCAUAUUUCGAGGUAUGGGCCGAGAUUUACGAUGUGAGGUUGAGAUUGUGAGGAUGACGAUGGGGGUAUACACGUGAACGGUGCAAAAGUCUAUAGUUUGGUUAUUCGACGGCCAUAGAAGAAGGAAUUUGUGUAUGCGCUGCAGGUUACUGGUGGUGUUGUGCUGUGCGGUGCCACAAAGAAAUAUUCACCUUCAUCUAUGUACGAGAAAACAUGAGG